GCCCAGCUGGGGGAAAUCCCUCCCACCACCUUGCAAGCAAUUUACCCCCUCCUCUGUUUUUUUUUAGAAACCACUUAUUAUUUUCUCCCGUAGUCUCUGGGCAACCCAGUCAGAUGGGCCAGGGUGCAAAAAUUAUUAUUAUUAUUAAUCCAUCCGUCAAUUAAUUAAUUCCACAGGAGUAGGUGUGCUCAGCUCCUCCUGCUGCUGGAUCAUUUGUGGUUCCCCCACAUAUUGCGUGGCGUAGGGCAGACCCUCCCUAUGCAUUGAAACACCCUUGAAGCAAUGCACCUUUUCGAAGGGCCCGACUUCUCUGCAAGGAUCCCUGGGGGAACUGUAGUUUUCCAAGCAGGAACCCUGCAAGGUCCUCCGGGCUGUGAGCUUCGUGGGCCACAAGGAAUUUAUUUUAUUUUAUUUUUUGCCUUUCCACAUUGUGGUGGAACUAAAGUGGGGGGGAAGGUGGGAAAGGAUAAAGAUCUUCCAACCCUACUUGUCUCUCUCACACCCCACAACCCGUCCCCACAGGUCGUGGAAGAAGCUCAGUGACCUCUUCCCGGCAGCCUCCUCAUGGUGAAAAGAGAAGAAAUGGCUGCUCUGCAGUCAGCUCAGGGUCUGGUGUCCUUUGAGGAGGUGGUCAUACAUUUCACGAAGGAGGAGUGGGAACUCCUGGACCCAUGGCAGAAGGCUCUGUACAAGGAAAUCAUGCUGGAAAAUUAUAGGAAUGUGACCUCCCUGGAAGGAGGAGACCCUCUCAUGCCCAGGCCGGACCUCAUCCGCUGGCUCGAAGAGCUGGUUAUACCGCCCUGCAUGGAAGGAUACUCAGCAGCAGGAAGUAAAGAUCCAGAGAUUAAAAGUGAAAUAGAUUCCUACUGCCCCUUGCGUCCCCUGAAUAUCUGGUUUGGAGAGUUGGGUGAAGCCCUGGAACCGAUUUGUGAGGUGAAGAGAGAGGAGGAACCUUCCAUUGUGCAGGCGGAAAACCUUCCGACGACAGAACAGCUUUGUUCGAUACAGCCCAAAGUGUCAGCAAAAAGAGCCAAGCAUCCCAAGCUGGAAGCCUGUAGCAGAAGAUCUUCCUGCAACUGUGUGAAGGUGAACAGCGUGGAAGCCCUGCUGCGAAAUCCCUUUCCUCAGCGCAGUUUGGCUGAGCAACGCUGCAUUAAAGAGCUCGGUCCCGACCGCCCUGACCUGUGCAUUGUGCAAACCGUGCUGGAGAAAGGCAAGCCGGUCACCCGGAGGUUUAGCAGGGCCUGGUACGACCGGAAGGAGUGGCUUUGCGGAAGCACCUCAAAAAACGCGUUCCUGUGCUUUCCCUGCUUGCUGUUUGGCGGCGCCGCCACCUGGGCACGGACUGGAAUGGCAGACAUGAAACAGAUCUCCCUAAAGACGAAGGUUCACGAGGAAUCUGCAAAGCACAGGGAGAACUGCCUGAAGCUGUCUGAAUUGGGCAGAGUCAAUGGUGCCGAGCCAACCGACACUGGCUGCGACGCUCACACCGGGAAGCAUAGCCAGGAAGUGGAGAACAGCCCGCCUCAUCCCCGUGCUCUGGAAUGUCCCGAAUACCACCAUUUGGUAGACAAGCGAAAAACAAAGAGUCCUUUCUGGGUGCAUUUUGGAUUGCCUGCAGACGAGAGCGGCCACGUGGUGUCCGACGGGGUCGCGAUUUGCAAAAUAUGUUUGCACUCUGUGUCCGCAAAAGGCAGAAACACCUCCAACCUCGGCAAACACCUCCAGCUCAAACACCCUCUGGAAUUUAGGGAGCUGCCUUCUUCGUCCAGAGACGUUUCCGUCCCUUCGCAUAAAAAUGCCAUGGAGCCGGCGGCUGAGACGGCAUCAGCGAGUGCUGCAGUAACUGUUGCAGAAAGUCCUAGUGAACAGCAAAACACCGCGUCGGAUUCUGAGCCGCUCAAUCCUAAGAGCUUGAGCUCUUGUACUCAGGCGAUCACAGAGUAUCUGGCUACGUGCCUGGAGCCUUACAACACAGUGGACCACCCCAAAUUUAUCCAGAUGGUGAACACUCUAAAACCGGAAUAUCCGUUGCCCGGUAGAAAUUACUUCGCUACCGCAGGAGUUCCAAAGCUGUACAAGGACACGGUGGAGAAAAUGAAGAGAGAAAUAUGCAGGCUAACUAAGACUGAACUGGCCGUCACAACUGAUUGCUGGACGUCCGUAGCCGGCGCUCCAUUUGUGGCAGUGACGGUCCAUUUCAUUUCGGACGAGUGGAAGUUGACCGACGCUUGCUUGGCCUGUAGACAUUUUGGGAAGGAGCCCAGCGCAGCCGUUCUUUGUGAAAUGCUCAGAGACGCCUUAUCGGAGUGGGGCAUCGACGUGAAGAACGUAUUUUGCAGCAUGACGGAUAACGGCGCCAAUAUCCUCAGAGCGGUCUGGCAGCUGGGCUUGGAGCACAUCUCUUGCUUCGCUCACAAUAUAAACGACGGGGUGAACCGAGCUCUGAACCUGACGCAACUGAGAAGGGCGGUCAGGAGGCUGAAAAGGCUGCAAAACAGUAUUUGCCGUAGCUGGAAAAUGAGGCGAGACCUCACCAGAGCUCAGGAGAUGCUCGAGAUGGACAAGGUGGGUUUGCCAAGCGCUUGUCCCACAAGGUGGUGCAGUCUGCUCAAGCUGUGCCGAAGUUUUCUCGAAAACCAGCUCCCGCUGUCCAAGGCACUUAUGGAUUAUCCGUCUAAAAGACAUUUGAUGUUGGAAGGUGACGACAUCUCGGCGGUCCAAGACUUUGUGUCUGCAGCUACCGUGUUAGAGGAUUUCACCACGACUCUAAGCGGAAGCAGUUACGUCACGGCCUCGUCUGUUCUGCCUCUUUACAGGCAAAUUAAGAAAAGUCUCCAGCCCCAGGAGGGAGACAGUGUGCUGCUGAAGGACAUUAAACGUAAAAUUUUGGGUGCGCUGUCGGAAAAGUACGACAGCGCCCCCACCGCAACCACUUUAGGCCUGGCCACGUUGUGCGACCCCAGGUUUCGCCUGCGUUUCUUGGAAGCUCCUGAGGCUGUCAGGCAGGAGGCCGUGAAGAAGAUGGCGGACUUGCAAGGGAGUCUGCGUGCUGCUUCGAUGGAGCCCAGUACUGGCCCUGCUCCACCCAGAAAAAGGACGUUGGCAAAAAUCUUCGGUUUAGAGUCAGAAGAGGCGUUGGCGGAUGAUGCAUCGAAAGCAGAAAAAGAGCUCAAUGAGUAUAUGGCUAUGCCGCGAGUGAGCUUCGAUGAAUGCCCUCUGACGUGGUGGAAGGCAAAUGAGGCUUCCUUUCCGAUGUUGAAGGUGCUUGCAAAGAAGUUUUUGGCUAUCCCAGGAACAAGUGUGCCAUCCGAAAGCGCGUUCGGCACGGCUGGCGAUGCUCUUCAAAGACAAAGGGUGUCUCUUUUGCCAGAGAACGCCGAAAUGCAAAUUUUCCUUGCAAAAAAUAUAAAUUUCAUUCAGUAAUA